AUGCUUUUCGGAUAUUUGUGUAUAUUCUUCGGACUUUGGCACACAGUUUUGGGUGUUACCGUGCGGGGAAGAGUUGACGUUUCGCCCUUCAACCUCACUCGCAGAUCCAUUGUAAACACCAGUUUCAAGUUAUUUCAGGUUGGAGACUACCAGGGUCAACCAUUUGCGGCAUCGGCGAAAAUUCAUAAUAUUGAUGGCGAAUUUGGGUUCGAGAAAGUACCGGAGCCUCUAGACGCCAAUUCCACGAAUUUUUUCGUCCUCCAGACAUCGUCCCUAGAAUUCAACCUCAAACCCAAUCGAAUUUUGAUCAGUAUCGAACAAGAUAGCUCUCACAACGGUACGGACUUUGUAGUUAAAGCCUACAAAAACGUUUUUGGCAAGGAAAAUUUCCCCUCCCCCGAAAUCGUGCAUCCCGAACAGCUCGAGGAAAUUCCCUUCGAAUCACACAUUCCAAUCACACUCGUCAACAUGGCCCCCCUGAGAGUUUACCUGCAAGAAAGAAACUCAGAUUUGUUCAAGAGUGGACCGAUUGCUAGCAUUCUAUCAUCCAAGUACAAACUUGCUGCUGUGGUCACAGGUAUUGUGGCCCUUAUCUUCCCCUCAAUUUUCUCCAAGCUGGAGGCGGCAGCGGCUUUGGAGGCUACCGAAGAAAAGCUGCUUCAGCAACAGCAGCAGAAGCAGUCCGAUCGGAUGGAGGUUCAGAACGAACUCGAAAAUGUCAAGAAGAACGACUAG